AUGUUGCAUAAAGCAGCAAAAAAUGCAUAUUCAUGGUGGUGGGCUAGUCACAUCAGGACUAAACAGUCUAAAUGGCUCGACCAAAAUCUACAAGAUAUGGAGGAGAAAGUUGAGUACAUACUCGAAAUAAUUCAAGAGGAUGGGGACACAUUUAGACAGAGGGCAGAAAUGUACUACAGAAAAAGGCCAGAGCUUGUCAAUUUUGUUGAAGAUUCUUUUCGGGGUUAUAGAGCAUUAGCAGAAAGAUACGAUCAUUUAUCGAGAGAGCUGCAGAGUGCUAAUAGAACAAUGGCCACGAUUUACCCUGAAAGGAUUCAUUUAGAAAUGGACGAAGAUUUUGAUGGUGACGGAGAUAACCUUGUUCCUAAAGUUGAAUCAUUCAACAAGAAUUUACCGGCCGCACCAGAGUUACGUAUCCAAAAACCCACUUUUCGAAAGAAGAAUUCUAAAGGGCCAUUGAGAUUAAUGUCAAACAAGGGCUUAAUCAAGAUAAAUGAAAGUAAUGCUAACCCUCGUGUUUUAACUCCAAUUUCGGGAUUGAGCAAAUCUGAAGCAAUAGGUGAAAUCGAUAAGCUUCAAAAGGAAAUUUUGGCCCUGCAAACGGAAAAAGAGUUUAUCAAGAGCUCUUAUAAAAGGGGGCUAGCAAAGUAUUGGGACAUUGAAAACCAGGCAAAUGAAAUGCAAGCCAAAGUUAGCUACUUACAAGAUGAGUUUGGCAUUGGAACAGUAAUCGAAGAUGAUGAAGCUCAAACUUUGAUGAUCGACACAGCUCUGAAAUCCUGCCAACAGACCUUAGCGCGGUUACAAGAAAAACAACAUCAAUCAACUGAAGAGGUCACAGAAGAGUACCUUAAGAUUGAAGAAACCCGCAAAAAACUUGAUACUCUCAAAGAGAAGUUUAUUAGCAAACAGGUACUCUCUGAAGAAUACAUGGCGAUGAGGCCAAAAGUGGUGUCGAAGAACUUAGAAGAAUUACAAGUGAAGAGCAUAAAAGAAGAAAUGUUGCCUGGCGCACCUCUAACAAUGCAUGAACUGGAAAACAAGGUUGAUGACUUUGUAGAAAAGGUUAUAAACCUAGAAAAUGCUGUAUUUUCCCAGGCUGCACACGUUAAGAGACUAAAGUCGGAGAUAAAUGAGCUUCAGGUCCAUAUUCAGAGCAUAGAAGAGGAAAACGAAAGUUUGAUUGAAGGUCCAAACGACAUGAUCCACAAGGUCAGAGAAGAAGAAGAAUUGCAUAAAGUUCAGUGUCUCAUUCAAUCAGUCGAAGACCAAAACAACAACCUCCAAAAUAAUUUUAUUGAAGCAGGGUGCAGUUAUGAGGCGGAGCAAUUACUAAAUGUGAAGCCCGAUGAAGAAUACAAUGUCCCGGGAAUAUUCACCGACGUCAAUGUGGAAAGAAACAAGAAAAGUGAUUUAUCCAAUGAAGAGCAAAAAAUUUUUGUCCAAACCACUUCACGGAAUCACAUAUCUGAUUUUCUUUCAGUGGUUGACCAAGUACGAGCUUUUUCAAAUCUUAACCGAGAGAUAGAACUAUCAAAAGAAGAAACGAGGACAACCCCUGCUAGUGCUUCCGGAGUUUUAGAAGAUAUGAGAUUACCGCAAGAAGUCAUGCGAGACUGUUUUGUGGACAACUGCAUUUCUAAUAACAGUAUGUCCUCCGAAGAUUACAAACAGCACCUUGAUUCCCAAGUUACUAAUUCAGUAUAUGGGGCCAAACCAACAGACAGUCUGAUCGAUCCUGCCACGGAUUCAAUGGUCUCUAAAGAUAUAAGGACAGAAGAAGGUGAAGGAAAGAGAAUGGCAUUUCGGGAUGACAAUAAUUCUUUCAGAUGUGAAGAAACAGAUCAAGUACUGCUCGAUUCAGACACCAAUCGCCAUCAUGGGUUCAAUGAGGAUAUCACUGCUCCUGACCAUGAUUUAAUGACCUUAAAAAAUAUGAUGAUGCAACAGCAAGGGAAGAAUGAAGAUGUUCUUAGGGAAGAGCAAGGGACGUGUGGGGAUGUUCUGAUAAAUGACCCAGCAAAUAAUGGUAAUGCUCUGAAUUGCUUUACGAAAAGAAGUGUUGGUGAGAGUUCAAUGAUACAGUGCAAGAAACAAUAUGAUAGAAUGGCUUCUCUUCCUGGAGAUCUGAAAACUCAAGGCAACGAAGAUAUUUCGAAAAACAUAUGUGACCAUUCACCCAAAGGCCAAGACGGAGAUUUCAUGGAUUCCACUUCAGAAAUGUCAGAUGAAUGUGAGAAUACAAAAUAUAGGAAAAUGAUAGAUGCAGACAAGAAAUAUGAAGUCUCAAGAAAUAUGGACUUGCAAAAGGAGCUGAAGAAGGAUAUUCUUUCAGAUGAAGCAAAAAAGCAAGAUUUGUUCCACAACAAUCCCAAUGUGGAGCAAAAUGAACUUGCUGCACAAGACCAUGACGAGCCAAAUUGGAAAGCACUGUUUUUGAAUGAAUUAGAUGACAGAGAGAAGAUUCUACUGCAAGAAUACACUACAAUGCUUAAGAAUUACAAGGACGUAAAGAGAAAGCUCAAUGAAGUAGAGAAGAAAAAACGAGCUAGCCUUUUUCAGUCAGCAGUACAGGUAAAAGUUCUGAGAAAUGCUAAUUCCUUGAAGGAUGAAGAGAUUCAAUCUCUACUGUGGAAACUAAACUUUCUAACAAACAAUGAUGAGACGCAAAAUACAUCAGUAUGCACAAAUGAAUCUGAUCUUCAGAUUGUAGAUCAUAAGGCAGUCCCAGAUAAUUCAGAUAAACCAAUAUUUGAUGGAACUGAAGCAUCAAAUAUAGCAGAACCGGUGAGGGUGUCUCCUGUGGAAGAAAAUGAAGAAGAUAUCAAUAUUAUGUGUGUAGAUGAACCUCAAAAUUUUUCCACUUUAGAAGAAAAGAUACGCAUGGACAUUGAUGAUCUACUGGAGGAAAACAUAGAAUUUUGGCUCAGGUUUAGUACCUCAUUUUACCAAAUAAAAAAAUUUCAAACUUCAGUAGAUGAUUUACAGGCUGAGGUGGCCAAACUGAAGGAAAAGAAGCAAGAUGGAGCUGCAAAAAACCAACACUCAGAUAUCCGUCCCAUUUACAGGCACCUGCGACAGAUACAAACUGAGCUUACUUUGUGGUUAGAACAUAAUGCAAUGCUGAAGGAUGACCUGCAAAACAGAUCAUCGUCUCUGUUAAAUUUACUGGAAGAAAUACAAGAAAUGACAAAUUCAGGCCCCACAUUUAAAGAGACUGAGCUCAGUAAUUAUCAGGCUGCAAAGUUUCAAGGUGAGAUUCUGAACAUGAAACAAGAGAACAAUAAACUUGCAUAUCAACUGCAAGCAGGUCUUGAACGUGUAAGAAAACUUCAAGUUGAGAUUCAAAGGACACUAUCACAACUGGAUCGGGAACUUGGGAUUUCUGCAAAUAAUAUACAACAUAGAAAUCGAUGUAGGAUCCCUUUAAGAUCCUUCUUGUUUGGAGUAAAACUGAAGAAGCAGAAACCAUCAUUUUUUUCAUGUGUCAGUCCAGCACUGCAAAAACAGAAUAGUGAUCUUACAGCAUUACCAACAUAA